UUAGUUUGCUGUGAAGCGAUAAUACUCUAAAAGAACAGUUCGCAGUUCGAUGCGCGAUCAUUGUUCUAAAAAAAAAACACAAGUGGUUCUGCAUACAUGCCAAGCAAAAGCAUACGCAUUAAUUUUGGCGAUAUAUAUGAAUAAAUAUACAUCAAUAUAUAUAUACACAUAUAUAUACAUAUAUGUUCGAAAUGACGGCGAGCUCUAAGUUGUAGUAUAUUUUGAGCACCUUGACAAUUGUAAAAACAUAUCGGCAGAAGCAUAUAUAUAAAAUUAAUAUUCACAUAUUUAAAUGGAAUAUCGAGAAAAGUUUCAUAUUCAAAUGGCUGCUUCUUCAGCUGGUGCAGUAUUCCCAGAUAGUGAUAAUAGCGAAAACGAAAUUCCUUAUCAUGCCCGCGAGCAAGCAAAUCCUUUUACCUACGGAAUCUUGCCAAAGAACUUUCAGAGAAGUGAUUUAAACCACAUCGAUAUCGAUGAUGUCGUUGGAAAUUCAUCAAAAGCUUGCGGUAGAAAUGAAUUUAGCCACCAGGAUGCCUAUGAUGCCGUUAAACCUUUGUCAUCUCAAACGACAUUGCCAUCAAGUCCAUCUACAGUGAGGAGAACAAUAAGAUCGAGCAUUUCUGCGUCCCCACCGCUAUUAAGAAAAACUCCAUCACGUCAAGAAUUUAAAGAGAUGCUCGAAGAAAGGAGGCACCAGGCUUUAAAGGAGCAUAACAAAGCAAUCCAAGAAGCUCAAAACGCUGCCAUACAAAGCGAUUUAGACGAAUUGCAAAAAAAACUGAAUAAAAAUGUUUUGCAAGAAAUGGAAGAGAAUAAAAUGCACUGUGAAUACACUGUGCCAAGCAAAGAUGAACUUUUGCAAUCGGAAUCGCCAAAAGGAUCAGGCACUCCAGCUUUUCCAUUUCAUCACAAAUCGUUGUUAGAUAAUCGCUGUGAUAGUCCAUAUCCACCUCUGAUUUCGCGGAAUUCAUUUACUACAAACAGUGCUGAAAUUUCACCAACAAAAGAAAGCAAUAUACCAAUAAAAUAUACGGAAGGGAUGAGAGGCAAUUGUAUGAAAAGUAUUGACAGGGCUUACGAUGUAGAGCCCCAUCUUGUCAAAUUUGCUAAGGACUCUUCCGAAUAUUGGUAUAAAUCCAAUAUGACGCGUGAAGAGGCAUUUAUUCUAUUGCAGAAUGCACCUCCUGGAACUUUUUUCGUACGGAACUCGACUACGUAUAAAAAUGCCUUUGGUCUUGUGUUACGCGUUGCUCAGCCACCUCCAGGGGUUACUGGCGCAUCUGCCGACACAUUGGUACGGCAUUUUCUUAUUGAACCCACCGCACGUGGAGUUCGCUUGAGAGGCUGUUCGAACGAGCCGACAUUUACUUCACUUUCGGCCCUUGUUUACCAACAUUCUAUUAAUCAGUUAUCUCUGCCAAACCGACUAAUAAUUCCACAUCGAGCUUUAACGACUUCUGCUGAAGAUGACGAACUAUUGCAAACUCAGCGUGAACUCUGGCAGCAAGGUGCUGUUUGCAACGUUUUAUACCUACUUAGUGUAAAUAUGGAAUCCUUGACGGGAGACGAAGCGAUACGUAAAGCAGUAAACGGUCUACACACUUUUAAUCCGCCUCCUUUACCCUUAGAAGUGCAAUUUAAAGUUUCGGGAGACGGUAUAACUCUCACAGACAACACGAGACGUGUUUUUUUCCGUCGCCACUACAAAUCAAGCAAUAUUUCAUACAUUGCCAUAGAUCCUGAUAAACAAUCGUACACUGUUUUCGUGCUGGAUGAGAAAAUUGAACGGGCCAUAAAUAAGACGUUGUUUGCCUUUGUUGCGCGCGAAACCGCCGGCGCUCACGAUAACCACUGUCAUGUUUUUUGUGAUUUCGAGAUGAAUCAACCUGCCUCAGCAAUUGUUUCGUUUGCCAAGAAAGUAUUACGAAAAGGUGAAAAUGCUCCCAAUAUCUUGUGACGCGAAUGUAUUCAUGUCCCUUGUUCCGCUUUAUUGUUUAUGAAACGAAGAGAUAUGCUAUUAGAUAUGACGUAUGAUAUAAGAUCGGAGACUAUGCACACAUUAUAAACAUUACAAGUCUAUGCAUUGCAAAUACAUUUCAAGC